AUGCCCUUCUUACCAUUAUCUACUAUCCUGAGGUUAAGAAAGGAACUGGAAGGAACGGCCGCCGAAAUCUUGACGUGGGGAAGUGACGGAUACGGUGACGGCAUUAAACAAUGGAGUGAUUCUUGUGAUGAACAAGUUGGUGCCGUAGUUCGGGUCACAUCCGCCGGCGAAGCAGCUGCAGUCGUCCGCUUUGCCGCAUGCCAUCAAAUUCCCUUCGCAGUCAGAGGCGGGGGCUACUCCACCAGCGGAGCCUCCACGACCCGUGGAGGUAUCGUCUUGGACCUUUUCUAUCUACGAAGGGUCCACGUGGAUCCGGUAUCGCAAGUACUUACUGCCCAAGGCGGGGCUCUGUGGGAGGAUAUCGACGUUGCAGCAGCCCAGCACAGGCUAGCAGUUGUCGGAAGUACACUGAACCACAUUGGGGCAGCAGGAGCAACAUUGGGAGGAGGUUAUGGAUGGUUGACUGGCCAGUAUGGCCUGGCGAUUGACAAUUUGCUCUCGGCGAAGAUGAUCCUUGCUGAUGGCAGCGUGGUCACCGCUUCAGAAGAGCAACAUUCGGACCUCUUUUGGGCUAUUAGAGGUGCCGGUCAGAGUUUUGGAGUGGCUAUUGAGAUGAAACCACCCUGUAUUUGCUGGGACUCUUCUUUCUCGGCGGACAAACUACCCAGGAUUGUUGAUUUUGUGAACCAAUUUGAGACUCUCACCGAUGGUAUGCAGGGCUUCUGGUUUGGGUUCACCUCGUCGCUCUCAAUGGGCGAGCGCUCCAUCUUGGUGGUUGUCUUCUAUAAUGGGAAUCAAACUGAUGCAGAACAAUUCUUUUCCCGGUGCUUUCACUGGACCCGAUGGUGA